AUGGAAGCUGUUUUGCGAAAACCAAUUCGCGGAUUUUUGCUCGAUAUAACCGGUGUGCUUUACAACAGUUCUCCGAACAGCAUCGGUCGUGCUAUUCCAGGUUCGAUUGAAGCCGUCAAUAGGUUAUAUUCUGAAAGUGUUGUGCGAUUCGUCAGUAACGAGAGUAGCGAAAGUCGGCAUGAACUCGCGAAUAAAUUGGGUAAGCUCGGAUUUAAGCUCAACGAAGAACAUAUCUUUACGCCAGCACCAGUUGCUGUCCAGUAUCUGAAGAAGAAUGGAUUAAGGCCACAUCUAAUCGUACAUAAAGGUGCUGUGCAAGAAUUUGCGAGUGUCGAUCAAACGAACCCGAAUUGUGUUGUGAUGGGUGAUGCAGAAGAGGAUUUCACUUAUGAGGCUAUGAACAGUGCAUUUCGUUUACUACACCAACUUGAAGAUCCCUUAAUCGUUACGCUCGGAUUCGGGAAAUUCUAUCAGCGCGUCGAUGGUCCUUGUCUUGAUUUGGGUGGCUUUGCAAAAGCGUUACAGUAUGCAACAGAUGCUCGCAUCGUUACUGUAGGUAAACCUUCCGAGAGUUUCUUCAGAACGGCUAUCGACGAUAUGGGAUUGUCUAAGGAUGACGUAGGUUUGAAAACUUCUCACAGGGUCGCAAUAUCUUUUUGUAACAUUCAAAUAUAA